GAUGAGAUUAACCUUUACUCCGGAACGGUUUCUCUCGACCUAUCAGAGACCGCCAGCUGGACUCAGGCAUGAUACUUCCUGAAAGUCCACGUUUUUGUUGACUGUCAGGACAGAAACUUGGACCGGCAACAUGAACGUAUCUGUGCUGUGUAUCUGUGUCUGCUUCGCUGUUAUCAGCCUACUAGCUGGAAUAGCCCAGGCUAAAAAAUCAGAGGACGACUGUGAAGUUUGCAUUAAGUUCCUGACGAGGUUGUCUGACAGUAUCCCGGAGGAGGAUGCCAGCAACAUGGAGAAGAUCGAGAAACAUCUCAGGAAAGCAUGUAAAACUGCCAAGGGCAAGGAGAACCGCUUUUGCUACUAUAUUGGAGCAACAGAAGAUGCUGCCACAGGGAUUGUGAACGAGGUGACCAAACCCAUGUCCUGGAGGAAACCUGUGGACAAAGUCUGUCAGUCUCUCAAAAGCAAGGACGCUCAGAUAUGCGAACUAAAAUAUGAGAAAAGUAUUGACUGGAAAACAGUGGAUUUGAAGAAACUGAGGGUCAAAGAGCUGAAGAAGAUCUUAAACGACUGGGGAGAGGAAUGCAAGGGUUGUGCUGAGAAAACUGACUUUAUAAAACUGAUCGAACAGCUAAAACCCAAAUAUGUUCCCCAUCAGGAAUUGUAGGAAAGAGAGUAGUCAGGGCAGAGUGCAAGAUUUUCACACUGACUCUUGUUUACACUACAGUAAAGUGGUAUUUACAAAAUGUUUGUUUCAUUAUGUAUUUUAAGGUAAAAAAAUUAGACUUGACCAUGGAAACUUGACCUUUCUUUUUUUGACCUCAGCCACAAAUGCUGCCAAUGUCAACUCUUAUAAUCCCCCCCUCCCUAAAUCAUAGAUUUCAAGCGAGAAGUUUAUGUACUAGUAUUUUUGAGAUGUUAAACAUAGCUUGUGUACCAGCAGACUUUACCCCUCAAAUGCAGAAUUGUAUUUAAAUUUUCCAGAGACAAUGCCCCUCGAUUCCAUUACUAGAUUGGUUGCGAGGGCCCAAAUUUUGUCAUCAGUAUCUCAUCCCCACCCUCCCCCACCCCACCAACAAUAUAAUAUAAUAUAAAUACCGGUAUUUCAUGCCACUGCCUCUGAUGACCUCUUUGUUUUCCACCAUUUCUGCCAUGAUUCAAAGUGAUUUCAAGGUCAAAUCCAUAUCCACACAAUACACAUUAGGCUUGAAAUCACUUCAAAUUGCGGCAGGACUGGUCGAAAGUAUCAUGGAAUGAAUCGCUUGAACUAUGAAGUUGGGUUGAAAGAUAGAAAAGCAGAAAUUAUUCAACUUAAAAAGUA